AUGGACCUGCCACAUGCGCAGCUGGAGCCUCCCAGGCUGCUCGACUCCUUCUGUGCUGUGGAGAAGACACUGCAGUGCAGUUGUUCCUUUCAUGGCAUCCCCACACCGUCCGUGCAGUGGUGGAUGGACGGAGCUCCUGUGUUUGGCCGCCUCCGGGUGACCUCCACCACACUUGGUUCCUGGGACAACAGCACCCUCAUCCUCUCCAAGAACCCAGAAACGGGCACAAUUCUUCUCUGUGAGGGGAAGAACCAACAUGGAACCUAUGGUUUGAGCAUCCUACUGAUGUCAAGAAAAGGCCCUUUGGCUCCCGAAAUCUUCCUGAAAGCGCUGCUCCAGGGCGUUUUCUAUGCAGCCAUGGCAACCACACUCCUUUUCCUCUGUCUCCUCCCCUUCAUAGGGAAACUUCUCAGGAAGAAGCAGGCAAAGAAGUGGGCGCAGGUGAGAGCACGGAGGGGCUCCUCGGCUGGAGAAGACCAGGAACCCAGUGUGAAGCCCAAGGAGCCCAGGAAAUCCAAAACCGAGCCAGCCUCUGGGAAGCAGGUCUUGGAAGAGGAAGAGAACCUGAAGCCAAAGAAGCCUUCGGAAACUGCAUCACAUGUAAAGUUACCCUUCUCCUCAGAACUACAAAUACCCAUGGAGACCUCAGAAGCCCCAAGUCCAUAA